AAAAUAAAAAAGAGAACAAAAGAAGCCGUUUUGGCAGUGGCAUCUGUCGUUAAAUUGAACAAAAGGAACUGCUCUGCACUUUCUUAAUUAAUUUCGAAGACCGACUCCACAGGAGAUUGAAAAAUUCAGAGAUAUAAAUGGCGAGGAGACCGGACGAGGAAUAUGAUUACUUGUUUAAGGCGGUGUUAAUCGGCGAUUCGGGUGUAGGCAAAUCAAAUUUGCUCUCCCGAUUCACCCGAAAUGAGUUCUGCUUGGAAUCUAAAUCUACCAUCGGAGUUGAAUUUGCCACCCGUACCCUAAAGGUUGAGGGAAGAACCGUUAAGGCUCAAAUAUGGGAUACAGCUGGCCAGGAGAGGUAUAGAGCCAUAACAAGCGCAUAUUACCGGGGUGCUUUGGGAGCUCUUCUUGUAUAUGAUGUGACAAAACCAACUACAUUUGAAAAUGUGAGUCGGUGGUUGAAGGAGCUGAGGGACCAUGCAGACUCCAACAUCGUUAUCAUGCUUAUAGGAAAUAAGACCGAUCUCAAGCAUCUUCGUGCUGUUGCCACAGAGGAUGCUCAAGGUUUUGCUGAAAAAGAAGGCCUUUCUUUCAUGGAAACAUCUGCUCUGGAAGCCACCAAUGUAGAGAAUGCUUUCCAAACGAUCCUUUCGGAAAUAUAUCGGAAAAUUAGUAAGAAGCCACUCUCCUCAGAUGAGUCAGCACCUGCUAGCCUCAAAGAAGGGAAGACCCUUGUUGUUGGACCCCAGGAGACCCCCACAAAGAAUGCAUGCUGCUCCGCAUCCUAAUGGUCUUAACCCAGCAUCCCCUGGUCCCUGAUUAUCUUGUCAUUUCAGUUCCCCUUUUUGCUAUCUAUUAUUUUAAAUCCCUGUAUUAUUCAGAUGCUUAAUUUUUCUUGAUUGUUUGAGGCUUUCUUGUGAAUGCAAUUGGAUGAGUCUUACUCUCUC